CGCCGCUCCCCAAAGAGCGCGUAACGUAUUCCCCUCACCAGAUCCACCAACGCGGGCCUCAUUCCCAUUACAACCAACUUCAUACGCAAGCGCAAGACCCCUCCAAGCCGCUUUCCAAGCCCCUUCAACUCUCAUGUCAAAAAGAUCAAAACCAUCAAGGAAUUCAAACGUCGGUUCAGGAGGUUCUCCUGCUUGUAUGCCAGAUACUCCAGCAAAACCAUCAGCAUUUGCAGCUAAAGCGCAGGCUGACUUAUCACAGUCUUUGCCAGCUCAGCAAACUAAAAACCGUACAAACUUUUUUGGAAAAUCAGCAAAAAGACUUAGUUUGAAUUUAGCCCUUGCCGCCAACUCACCUUCGAAAGAUGAAUCAACGGUAGAACAAAAUUUAAACCCAGGUAGAGGAAGAGGAAGGAUGGCAAUUCUUCGUCGUAGUUCAGCUUUAAGUUUGGGUAGUAAUCGCACUGGUGCAUCUAGCGACAGUGACGGUAGCCCUAACACCAGAAAAGCUAUUGAGGAUGAAUGUCCUACCCCAAAAUGUAGAUUUUUUGAAUGUAACUAACGGCAAUACCGGUAAUUCACCUACACCAUCAUCCAAAGUAGCUACACCUACUUCAAAAACUUCAAAACUUACUAGACGUGCAUCACAACUUUUUGAUAGAGCUUCAAACCCAUUAUCAUCAUCACCAGAUCACUCUCUUGGAUCAAGUCCAACUUCACCAAGACGUCCGUCACUUUUCUCUUCCCUUAGAAGUACGAAAGACAAAACAAGAUCGAUGUCGUCAAUGUCUCAAUUUAUAAGAAGACGCUCAUCUUCUAAAUUAAGCAUAUCAUCAAAAGCACAAAGGUCAUCAGAAGAUAAUGAGAAAGAAAAAGAAAUUGAAGGUAAAUUCGAGAAAGAAUUUUUCAUCAUUUCAGAACUCGGUAAAGGUGAAUUCAGUGAGGCAUUCAUAGCUUGCAAACGAGACGAAGCUUAUAGUGGUAAAAUGUACGCCAUCAAACGUGGCAAACCUUUCGAAGGUGGACGCGAUAGAUUACGACAACUAAAUGAACCAGUUACGCUUUCCAAGUUACCCGAACAUCCAAAUAUUAUCAAAUUAAACGAUUAUUGGGAAGAUAACAAUAGACUUUAUAUCCAAACGGAAUUAUGUGAAAAGGGCUCCCUGAAUGUUUUCCUUGAUGAUUAUGGAAUGCACUUCGAAAGAUUAGAAGAAACUCGUGUUUGGAAGAUUUUAGGAGAUAUCGCAGAGGGAGUGAAAUUCUUGCAUGCAUGUGGAAUUUGGCAUCUCGAUCUCAAACCAGCCAAUAUCUUUGUUACUGCAAAUGGUACUCUUAGAAUAGGCGACUUUGGAUUAGCUGUUCAAGAAUCUCAAUUAAAGUCAUCAACCCAGUAUAAGAAUCUACCAAAGCGGCGAAAGUCUUCUGAACCGGAUGCUGAUCGUACGAUGUUGACAACCGUACUUGAAUCAUCUGAUGGUGUAGAGGAAGAUGAUAUUAGCUUAUACGCGGGUGAUUUAGAAAGGGAAGGUGACAGAGAAUAUCUCGCUCCAGAAAUCCUCCGAGGGAACUACAGUCAUGCAGCAGAUAUCUUCUCAUUAGGUUUGAUCAUAUUAGAAGCUGCAUGCAAUAUAGUUUUACCAGGUAAUGGUGAACCAUGGCAAAAAUUACGUUCACUUGAUUUCAGUGAAUGUCCAUUCGAUAAUUUAUCAUUAGCAUUAGUCGAUUUAAUAAAAGCAAUGCUAGACCCAAAUCCUGAAAAUAGACCAUCAGCAUAUCAAAUAUUACAACAUCCAAUAUUAAAUAAUGUGAUUAAAAGACGUACUAAAGGUGCUUUGGAAGUUGAAGAUGAUGGUGCUUUCUUAGGGAAUAUCGUAGAUUCUUUGACCAUUGGAAAUAUAAAUAAAGUACCACAACCAUUACCACAGGCUAGUCUUAUCGUUACAGAUCAAGAUGACAUUAAUAAUCAAAUUGUUAGUCGGUCAAGUACUGAUGAUAAUUUGAUGGAUUUGGAUAAAUAAAUUAAAUCAAACAACAGCAUUUUAACUUAUACUUUAUUCUGGCAUUCCUCAACAAUUUUUUAAUAGAGCGUGUCAAAACAUACGCUGUUUUUAUAUAUCUUUCCUUGCUUCAACAUAACAAUUCGAACGAUCUUUCAAACAUUUUCAACUGACAAUUUUACACUUAAAUCACCUGGUUUUUUUCAACAUAUUUCAUUAGCCUAACUUUUUCCUAGCUUUUUCAAUCAUUUCCAAAUACACUACACUACACUCAUUUUAACAACCUUUAUCUGUAGCCC